AUGGCCACCACCAUGGACGCCCUGGACGAGGUGCACUUCGUCAACCCCGACGCCGUCCGGGCGCGCUCCCGCCGCCGCGUCAAGCUCACCGCCGCCCGCGCCCGGCUGGCCGCCCUGGCAGCUAGCGGGGGCGGCGCGUCUUCCCUGGGGGAGGAAGGCGCCGGCCCCGGCGUGAGCGAGAAGGAGGUGCGCAAGCAGCAGAGGAUGCUGAGGAACCGGGAGUCGGCCGCCCUGUCGAGGAAGCGGAAGAGCGACCGCAUCGGCGAGCUGGAGAUCCAGGUGGAGGCCCUCCAGGAGGAGAACCGCCGCCUCCGCCAGCGAAUCGACCGCAAAGAGGACGACGGCCGCGACGCGGGCAACGGCAACGGCAACGGCCGCGUCUUCAACGCGGGCGAGAUGACCGCCUCGUGCUCCCCGCCGGCUGCGGCCGCGGGCAACGGCUGCGUCAUCAACACCGCCGCGUCGCCCCCCCCGCCGGCGACCGCGGCCUGGGCUCCCACCGACCUCGCCGCAAGGGCCGCACUGGCUGCCACUUCUUCCAUCAUCCUCCCUUCUGCGUCUACGACCACCAUCAUCCCCACCACGCCGCCCGCCACCAACAGGGACCUCGCCGCUGGGAUCAAGGUUUUCCGCGGGGGGCCUGGCGUACCCGUCGCCGCCGCCUCCACCUGUUCGGCCACUGCGUCUUCUGCUUCUUCUUCCUUCCCGGCUUCUGCCAACGCUUGCUUUAAUAUGAUCUCGCGACCCGCAGUGUUUGCGUAA